GUGACUCGACCUAACAGCCCGGAUGGGAGGCCCGCGCGUGCGCGCUGGCGACUGCCGUGAUCCUGCACCCACGCAGGUGUGCUUCCAAGCUGCUGGAGCGGUGACCCGGGGCGGCUGUUGAGGCUACACUGCCUGCUGUCUUCUCCGCGUGUUGUCAGGGCGGCAGGGGAAGCUGCUGGCGACCUGUGUUUUCCCUGCGAGUCCGCCCGGAGGAAGUGGGCCUAUAGGCGCCCAGGAUCCCGGCUAGGAUCUCUUUCGGCUCGGGAAGGGCGGCGGCAUUUCCAUUACUCAAUCCUCGUCGCCUCUAGUCCCCUCCCCUCAGAGGAUAAACAAACACCAGCGCGUGACUUCAAUGACUUAAAAGCAGCCUCACCAACUUAGAGAAGUUGUUUUUUCCUACUCCGAGCGUUGACGCUCUUUCUUCCCCCAACUCUUUCAGCGGCAGAUUGGUUGGAAGGCGUUUUUGAAAAUAAAACCUCAUUUAGAUGCUGUUUACUUUUGGGAGACUUGUUAACAUCGCCCUUUGAGGCUUCAUAUCUUUUGAGACCGUUUAAUUGCUAGAGUAACCCUACAAAACACAGUAUGCAUUCGACUUUUACAGUUUCAAACUCCUAAGGGGCAUAAAGGUUCAACUGAUUUCCUUCCAUCUUGUCCACAGUUCUCCCAAGGGUCUGGCCAGCUCCCUUGGUGCAUCCCAGGCCCCUGGGAACCGUAAUCUAAAACUCAGACCCCGGUGCUUGGGGCUCCAGAGACCCGAGACUCUCGGCGGGAGACUGGCCCCGGGCGGCACUUCCUCCCCGACUGGCUGACUCGCCGGCGACACCGCCCGCCGCUUGUAAACGCCAGGCAGACGCACCGCGGGCUGAGAACACUUCUGGCCCUGGGACCUCUUCUUACUCCGCCUGGGUGGCGGCUGACGGCACGAUGGAUCUGGCUGGGCUCCUUCUGGACGAAGAAGGCACGUUUUCCCUCACCGGUUUCCAGGAUUUCACGUUCCUUCCAGGACACCAAAAACUGAGUGCUCGAAUUCGAAGGAGACUCUAUUAUGGCUGGGACUGGGAUACAGACUGCAGCCUGGAGGAACUCUCCAGCCCUAUGGCAGACAUUACUGUGGAACUUCUUCAGAAGGCAGCACCCAGUCCUAUUCGUCGACUCCAGAAGAAAUAUGUAGCUCAUGUGUCCCGGGAGGCCUGUAUCUCCCCCUGUGCGAUGAUGUUAGCUCUUGUGUACAUCGAGCGGCUCCGGCACCGGAGCCCUGACUACCUGCAGCACGUGUCGUCUUCUGACUUGUUUCUGAUCUCCAUGAUGGUGGCCAGUAAAUACCUGUAUGAUGAAGGGGAGGAAGAGGAGGUUUUCAAUGAUGAAUGGGGAGCUGCUGGGGGAGUGGCUGUGCCUACUCUCAAUGCCUUGGAAAGGGGCUUCCUGAGUGCCAUGGAUUGGCGUCUCUAUACUGAUCCUCGGGAGAUCUUUGAGGUGCUGAAUUGGCUGGAGAGCUGUGUGGCUGAGCAGCAAGGACGGCGGCGGGGCUGGUACACCUACACAGACCUGUGUGUGCUGCUGGAACAGCCAGCGUGGCAACUGUCUCUGGGCUCCCUCUGCCAGCGACUGGUAAAGCUGUCCUGCCUGUUAGCCGUGGCAUACGUGAGCAGUGUGGCCCUCGCUGUGGCAUCAGUGGCUGUAAUACAACAGUCCUUGGGGCUGUCUUGCAGCCCCUCACCAGGUCCUCCUGACCUCAGUCUGGUUUCUAAAGGCCUCUUGCAGCCUUGCAUACCCUCCCCUGUGCCACAGUGCCUAUCUAAUGUCUCCAGUUGCCCAGAAGGCAAUGUAGAGUUGCCGCCCCUGUGGGGCAGUCUUCUGGCCUCACUGACACCCCUUCCGGUACCUCCCCCAGACCCUCCUGUCCCACCUACUCUUCUCCACAAAUGCCCCUUUUGCCAGAAGUUCCAGAGAAACACCCCAAACUGCCAUGCUUGCCACCAUCCUAACCAUACGGUGUCUAUUGGUCCUUCACGGCCUUUUUACCACACCCAUGGCCUGGCCCCACCCUGGCUCUGGAGCCCAGCAGCCCCUCCAUUCCUCCAACCCCAGCAAUGCUCUCUUUUUAGUGUCAUGGAGCUGGCCCGUCUCAAGUCUUUUAUUUUCCCAGGCUAGGUAGGUUCUAAGGAGUGCAUUUAAAGAGGGUUUGGGACUCCCUAAGAACCUGGAAGAGGAAAACUUGAUUUAGAUUUUUGCUACCUCUCUGGGUCCUUGGCUGGUCCCCUGUCUUCCUGGGUAGGAGCACAAGGGAUUAUGGGGCAAAGCAAGGUCAUUCACCCUCCCAGACCUCAGGCUGGCUAGUAGGCUAGAACUCUGAUGGUGCCUGGGAGUUUCAGCUCAGUGACCAGGGGCACGUCACCAAUGACAGGGAAGCUCCUAUCUUUCUGCCUUCCCAAGCCUGGGGGAGUAGACUUUUGCUUUUGAGUUUCCAAAGAUGGAAAGGGAAAGGUGGGAGGUGUGGGAAGUGGAUGAGAGGAAGGAAGCGUUCAUGUGGUUCUGCUCAUGUGAUGUCCCUGAGGCAGGAAAACCAGGGGCAGAUGGCCCUGAGAUGGAAGCUGCUGAGGGAAGGUGUCCAAGGCAGGAAGCUUGCCACACCCGUCCCUUGGAUGUGGUUGUCACAACCAGGGAUUUCUGGGUCCUUCAACCUUAUCCUUUGGUCUUCCAAUCUUAGCAUCCUGCUCCAAGGCUUCCCACUUGACCGGUUCUUUUCUAGGUGUUCUCUUUACAGCCUCUCUGGGCACCACUGCUUUGUAUCUGAGUUUUUCACGCUUUUGUAGAACUGAGGUUUCAAUAAACAGUUUCUGUUGCA